UGGGUAUAUAAUUGACAAAUUGAAUUGCCUUGACAUUGUGUGUGUGUGUGUGUGUUUGUAGAGAUGACUAGUGAAAUGCCGGCAAAGGGGAUACACCAAGAAACUUUACAAAACAGCAGAACAGAGGCAAGUAACGAGUUUGAAGUGUUAGAAGACGACGAUGAAUUCGAAGAGUUUGAAGACGAAGAGUGGACGCUUCAGAACGAAGACGGAGCCGUAGAAGAACAAGAAUGGGAAGAAGACUGGGACGACGAAGCUGCAGAUGACGACUUUAUAAUACAACUCAGAACAGAGUUAAAAAACCAAGGUGUUUUGAAAGAGGAGUCUUGAGCAUACAGGGGAGGCACCAAGUUUCUAGAAACUUGGUCAACUUGUUCCGCGUCCACAAAAGUUGCAAUAAAAAAAUUUUACCUUGUUUGGCACGAAUAAAAGAUACGAGAAACUUGUCAGUACACUCCGACGCAGAAUGCAUGUUGAAAUAGUCUUACAUCCUGUUUUAUGU